UGUGCAGAGUCGCCAUUUCCAAAUCCUAGUGGUUGUAAGCGCAGGGAUCUCGGCCUGGCCAUGAAGGCCCGUUGCCAUGGCGACGUUGCAGGUUGGGCCUUUGCCAGGCGUGACUGUAGGCCCCUGGCGGCCCCGUGGGGUCCACGCGCACGGCCUCUCGGAGCGGCGCCCGUUCCAGCCCGGCCCCAGGGGUCCCCCAGCGGCCCACUCCCCCGGCGAGGCAGUGUGCGCUUGCUCAAGGCUGCCUUGCUUUCUACUUUACAGACACAAGCCAAUGACUUGGUCACGACACUGAUGAAAUGCACUCCGCACUAUAUCCGCUGCAUCAAGCCCAACGAAACCAAGAAGGCCAAGGACUGGGAGGAAACCAGGGUGAAACACCAGGUGGAGUAUCUGGGUCUGGGUGAGAACAUUCGGGUGCGUCGAGCUGGAUAUUCUUAUCGACGAGUCUUCAAGAAGUUCCUCCAAAGGUACGCCAUCCUGACUAAAGAGACGUGGCCUCGGUGGGGAGGGGACGAGAGGCAGGGAGUCACUCACCUGCUCAACUCUGUCAACAUGGACCAUGACCAGUUCCAGCUGGGCAGGAGCAAGGUCUUCAUCAAGGCUCCUGAGUCGGCCGUGUUGAAGAGGCAGAUCGAGCUCGGGACACAUACGGGCCGUGUCCCGCAGCCCAUGUCCAGCCCGUUGCAAGAUGACUUCCUGGUGCUCCACGAGUCCCACUACGACAGCGUGCUGGAGUCGGCCUUCAAGACGGAGUUCCUCAGCCUCCUCUGUAAACGCUACAAGGAGCGGACACAGAGUGACCUGACGAUCAAGUUCGGCAACCUGUUGGAGUUCAAAGUGAAGAGGGACGGCUGGGGCCCCUGGGCGGCUGCAGGGACCCGUCAGAUCCAGUUCCGGGUGGGGCAGGGCGACGUGGCCAUCUUGAAACCUUCCAGCAAGACCCUGGAGGUCAGCAUCGGUCCCGGCCUGCCCAAAAACUCACGACCAACCAGGAAAGAUAACAGAAAAAACGCCCAUGUUCAACCAAGGCAGCCGUUCUCUUCAGGAGGACACAGGGACGCGCCCCGCAGUCGGGACCUGCGACUGGGGCCUCGCUCGGAGGGCCUUCAGCACCAGGGUGUCAGUCUUCGCCGUCAGGCCAGCUCCGACCACCCCACCCUGCCCAAGGAAGGGGCUUCCCCCCGGGCCAAGACCACCCUGCACCAGCCCAACCUGGACUUCAUGAACGUGCCAGACCAAGGAGUGGCCGGGCUGCAGCGGCGGAUGUCGAAGGAGGUGAAGCCGGUGCCGGGGGGAGGGCGGUCCAAACCGCGGCCACGGCCCAGGCAGGCUCGCUGCCGAGCGCUCUACGCCUACGAUGCCCAGGAUACCGAUGAGCUCAGCUUCAACGCCGACGAUGUCAUCGAGAUCGUGCGGGAAGAUCCCUCGGGCUGGUGGGUCGGCCGCAUUCGAGGCAAGGAGGGGCUGCUGCCGGGAAACUACGUGGAGAAGAUGUGAAUGCAGGAACGAGAGGAGACUCCUGGAGUCGGGGCGAGGAGAAGGGGGGGUGAUGAAAAGGGACGAUCUCCGUAGGUACUGACCGAGAUCGCUGAAUCUCCCCGGGAGGGGGAAGAGUAUUGGGGGCAGACAGCGAGGGGGGGGGGGUCCCCCAAUAACCACGACGGCCCCUGUGUCUUGGGGUCUGUGUACCCAAGGGAAUCUGCCCCCCCCCCUCCCCCAAUACUUGCUCCAGUGAGAUGACAAGCAGGGACACAAAGUACUGGAGGAACUCGCUGGGGGCCAGGCAACGUCUCUGGAGAAUGUGGACAGGCUUUCUUCUCCAGAGAUGCUGCCUGACCCGCUGAGUUCCUCCAGCACUUGGUGUCCAUCUUGAGGGGGGACCUCUUACCCCCCCCCCCCCCAUCUCAAGAUGCUCCAAAUACUUCCCCCCCCCCCCCGUUGUUUGUUUUACGCUAUUAAUUAAAAACUAAUGA